CCUUCGUCGUCUCUCCCAAUUUCCUCUGCCUCAGAUCGACAGAGCUUCGUGUUUCUCUUCUUCUCUUGUCUUUGUAUCGAAAAUGCUUGCUCGGCUCGCUGCGAAUCGUAUCCUCGAGAUCCGUCAAGCUUUCCGUCAAUCUCCUUCUCAGGCGUCUAGGAGCUUGUCUACGGCCUUAAACUACCACAUUGAUUCUCCGGACAACAAUCCCGAUAUCCCAUGGGAAUUUUCUGAGGCAAACAGAGCGAAGGUUAAAGAGAUACUCUCUUACUAUCCAUCCAAUUACAAGCAAUCCGCAGUUAUCCCUCUCCUAGAUCUUGCACAACAGCAGCAUGGUGGUUGGCUCCCUGUCUCAGCUAUGAACGCGGUUGCUAAAGUCAUAGAAGUUGCUCCUAUCCGUGUUUAUGAGGUUGCAACGUUUUACUCAAUGUUCAACAGGACAAAGGUGGGAAAGUACCACUUACUAGUUUGUGGCACAACACCUUGCAUGAUCCGUGGUUCACGAGACAUUGAAGCUGCAUUACUGAAGCAUUUGGGAGUGAAACGCAACGAGGUGACAAAGGACGGUUUGUUCUCUGUUGGGGAGAUGGAAUGCAUGGGAUGCUGUGUGAAUGCACCCAUGAUCACUGUAGCAGAUUAUUCUAACGGAUCAGAAGGAUAUACAUAUAAUUAUUACGAAGAUGUUACACCUGAGAAAGUGGUCGAGAUUGUUGAGAAGCUGAGAAGAGGAGAGAAGCCACCGGCUGGAACACAAAACCCGAAGAGAAUAAGGGGCGGCCCGGAGGGAGGAAACACGACUCUGAAGGGGGAGCCAAAGCCACCACCCUGCAGGGAUCUUGACGCAUGCUAAACAUCUCAAACCCCCAUCCCAGUAGUGUUAUGGUCCUAAUAAAUCCAAGGCUUGUUUGCUGUGGCUGAGUCAAAACUCGGUGAGUUCGAUUUCCUUUUAUUUACAAACUCGUUUGCCUGCCUGUAUUUUUCAAGCUGUCAGACCGAUUUUAAGCCCCCAUAAAAUUUCAGAGCUUUUUCCUUUCUCGGUCGUUGCAAUAAUAAGCUGUCAUGUACACUUGAAUU